UUGACUCCAAUUGUAUUUGUUCAGUUCUCCAUUGAAGCGGCAUCACGAAAGAAUGCCAUCGUUGUGAUCAAUAGGAUUGACGUAACCGGCAACGUGUGCAGACUCAAAACGGCCGACCAACUGGUUUGCGAUAAGCUGUUGUGUACAUUUAAUGGAAAUCUGUGCAAAUAUGACUCACCUCUGCAAAAAAGCAGUGAUAUCCCGUUAGUCGCCGGCCCAGAAGGAGCGACAGCCACACUGGCUAUAGGUUCUCAUCGAGCGAUUCUACGGAGUGCUCGAUUCGAUUUACCGUCUCCAGUUAUGCUAAACAUCACAAUCACACAGGCUACUUACGGAUCACGUGUGCUUCUCUGCCCAGACAUCACCAGUGAAACCGAAUCCUGUCACGAACUUCUUGGUCCACGUGUGGAACAGGUCAUGAAAAGAACGGUGAUGUUCGCCCUGGAUGGUGCGGCCCACCGCUUUGCCGUCGUACUCUACCACGACAUGGCCGAACAGUUUGGUCCAGCUCAAUUUACCAUUCAUUCUAUAGACGUAACGACAAAUGUCAAUGAGAAACUGUGCUGA